GUCACAUGAGGGGGCGGAGUCAGAGCGGGACAGGCGCAGGAUAUGGCUACACGGGGAGCAGUAUGAGAUUCACCCGUAAGAAGUUCUGCUGCUACGUGCUGGUGCUCGUGUACUGCGCCUUCUCUUUCUAUGCCGCCUACAGCGUCUUCUUCCGCCCUCCUCAGGUGUCCCGGGUACACAGGGUAGUGAGCAAGAAGGAAGGAGGCGGCAGAGCGUCUCUUUAUAUUGGAAAUGAGCAGUGGAAUCCUUGGGAAGAAGAAGAAAAGGGCCAUAAGGGCUCACGUGUUCAAAAAGUAGAAAAUAACUGGAAAAGCCUAUUAAACCUAAACUCCCGUCAAGAACAUCCAGAACUCCAGGUACAGAUCUGGGGCAAGGCUGCUAUUGGCCAUUACUUGUGGCAACAUAUAUUGGAAGGACCGCUUGAACCUGCAGAUGAGACUGCUCAUUGGAGGGAGGGCAAGCUUCAGAUUGGAAGAAAUGGCAUCAGCUUUAUCACUGGCCCUGCAGUUGUUCCCGGUUACUUCUCUGUGGAAGCCCAAAAUGUCGUUCUCGUUCUUAAUGGCAGAGAAGAAGGAAAGAUUUCUUUUGCCAGUCAGUGGCUUCACUACACACAGACUCUGGUAGAAAACCAUAAACUCCGACAUGUUGCAGUAGUGCUGCUAGGAAGUGAGCAGUGCAAUAAUAACUGGAUCUUCCCGUACUUGAAGAAGAAUGGAGGGUUUGUGGAGGUUCUCUACCUUGUCUAUGACAGUACUUGGAUUAAUGACUCAGAUGUUUACCAGUGGCCCCUAGGAGUGGCCACGUAUAGAAACUUUCCAGUCAUUGAUCCAAGUUGGUCUAUGGUUCAUGAUUCACGGCCAUACUUGUGCAACUUUUUAGGGACUGUGUAUGGCAACUCAUCUAGGGAGAUUCUUAUGGAAGUUAUGAGGAAGGAAGGUCUUGAUCAGCUCUGUUGGAUAUCAACCAGAAAUGAGUGGCAACCACAAGAGACUAAUGAAAGUUAUAAGAGCUAUCAUGAUGCGCUGUUACAGAGUGACCUAACGUUAAGUCCAGUGGGAGUAAACACGGAGUGCUACAGAAUCUAUGAGGCCUGUUCCUAUGGCUCUGUUCCUGUGGUAGAAGAUGUGAUGACACAGGGAAAUUGUGGGAAUUCAUCUGUUGCCAGUAAUGCUCCUUUGCAGCUACUGAAGUCUUACAGCGCUCCAUUUAUUUUUAUCAAAUCCUGGAAAGAACUUCCUGCGGUCAUAAAUCAGGAAAAAAACAUGAGCUUACAAGAGAAGAUUGAAAGAAGAAAAAGAAUUCUAGAAUGGUACAGACAAUUCAAGCUAAAGCUCAAACACAAAUUCAUUGGAACUCUUGAACAGAUAUUUCUGCGGAAGGAUAAAUGAAACCAGGGAUAUGCACUAUUAUGUUCUGUAGUUUUAACAUAUUGUACUUUCAUAAGUAUUAAUAUAUUAUACCUCAGUACUGCAGAUAUUCCGGAUGUAUUCAUACAGACUUCAGUGACCGAAGCUAGUACAUGCAAUGCUAUAAACAUUUAUAGACUGUAAAAGUGCAUUCAUGUUAGCAUAAUGUACAGUGUGUAUAUGUGUACAUAGAGCCAUUAAUGUAUUAGAUUAUUUCAGCCUGCACAGUUAUGUAUGAAGGUUUUCUGGUAAAAUGUCAAUUACACUAUGUAUUUAAAUAUG